CCCACCAGAGUCUCCUGCACGUACGCCAAGUGCGGCAAGCACUUCCCCAGCAAACGAGACAUGGACAUUCACAAGAUCACCGAGCACGAGUACUGCGAGCGGUGCGACGAGGAUUUCCCGGAUGAAGAACGCUUGCUGCUCCACAAGAUCACCAGCGUCAAGCACAUCGUGUGCCCCGUCUGCGGCCUGGAAUUCCGCAGCUCGGGGGGCCGGGACGUCCACAUUCGUCAGAACCAUCGAGCCGAACAGACCAUCAAAUGUCGCGGCUGCACCACCACCUUCAAAUCCGCCAGCGCGCUGAUGCAGCACAUCGAGAGCAACGGAUGUCGCAGAAUCCCACGGGAGCGCCUGCUCCAGCAGCAGGAAACCCGCCUGAUGAUCGCCGAGAUCCUGGACGGCGACCGGCCCAUCCGGCCCGAGGAUAUCGACAACGACGACGGCGGUGUCAUGCUGGAUGGGACUCCGCUGAAGUCUCCCGGUAUCCCCUCCUCGCCCUCUAACAUGACAGAGAAGAGCAUGGCGACCGCGAUGUCGCGACUCUCGCUGAACGAGGCCGACGCCGACGCCAGCGACCGUGCGCUCGUCCCGCUGCCCACAGCCACCGAGCUCGAACAAGACCAGACAAUGGAGUGGAGCCUGUUCGGCAAGCCGGUCGCCUCGGCCGGCGAGAUCCUCCAGAAGAUCACCCCGGGCUGGGACUCGAGCAAGUUCCUGAACAUGUGCCGCACACGCUACGUCUGUCACUGCCGUGUGAGCUACAAGCGGGUGGAGGAUUUCGAGACGCACAUCAUCGAGGAGAUGCGUGAUAAGAAACCACUGGGAUGUCCCCGAUGCUUCCGCAACUUCAAACGCUCGUCGGACCUCGUCGCGCAUAUGGAGACCGGAAGCACUCGCUGCAGCGUGGCCUCCGGGUCCGCCUACCAUCAGGUCCUGGAUCAGUUGACCGGCGGGGUGGUCCGCGUCGCCGGCACACUCCAGGAUGGCACUAUCAGGUAUGAAGCCGGCAACGUGGAGCCGCUGUACGAGCCGGACAACGAGACGACUCUUGCUGGGAUCGAUACGAGCUACACAUUCAAGAGCCCCGUCUGGUGA